AGAUUUUGAGAAAACUGAGCUGAUGUAAUCAACUAUGGGGCUGAACAAGAUAGAAAUAUCUGAACUUUCGAGUGAACAAUUAUCACAAACGUUGAUUGACUGUGUCAAAAAGAAGGAUACAAAAAAUGCAGCAGCCUUGAUAGAAAGUGGCGCCGACUCCAAUUAUGCUGAUGAGGCUGGCUGUACACCUUUACAUUAUGCUGCACUUGAAGGCUAUGUUGACCUUAUAGUCCAAAUGAUACAAAAUGGUGGAAACGUUAGAAAAGUAGAUAUGAAUGGUGAAACUGCAAUCCAUAAAGCGGCACGAAAAGGACACAUUGAAGUUAUAGUGGCGAUAGUAGCACACGGAGGAGAUAUAAACAUAUUGAAUAUGCAUGGUCAUAGUGGACUUGAGCUAUCAGUAAUCAGAAAGGAUGCAAAUGCAGUUCGACUGUUUUGUAAAUUAGGAGCAGAAGCUGCUCUCCAGGAUUGGGUAUGGACAGUGGGUGAUACUAACGUGCUCGGUAAAAAAGACAAAUGGGUUUUAGAUCUACUUGUUUUACAGAGCAGUAGAUACCCAGGGUAUAAAUAUGGAGGAAUAUCUUUUAAAGUAGUACAAGUUCAACCAGGAACAGACGAUAUCAAAAUAGGAUCUCUUGGAAUAUCGAUACAACCAUACAAUAUUUUGAACAGUUUUUACUUGUAUUGUGGUAAAAUGCAUCCAGAGUACUCAAAUGCACGUGAUCGAUUGCAACAGCAUGAAAGUUUGUUUAGUGACGUUGUUGAACUGAUUGUAUGGGGUAAAAAGCCUGGUUCUCUAAAAUUAAAGAUCACAGUACCUGGUAAACCUAGUUGCGGUGAGAGACUGUCGUUGUUUUCCAUUGACGGUUCAGUAAAUGGAACAAUUGAUGAAUUCGAAAAAAUUGAAACUGAUGACCAAGACGACUCAAAUGUAAGUUUACCAUGUCUAUUAACCUAA